CCCCGGCGCUGCCUCGCCCUCCCCCUUCUGCGCAUGCGCGAUCGCAGGUUGUCCCCGGAGCUGCCUGAAGCCGUGUGAGAAACCUGGACAGUCCACGCGGAGACGCCUCUGUGACUGCUUUCUGUUGCCACUUGUCCACUCAGGUCCUUACAGGCCCGGGAGAGACGGAGGCGCGGACCUACGGGGACCUCGAGCAGCAGCACGGAAGUGCGCGCAGCCAGAGGUGGCGUGUCGGUGGUGGUGGCGGGCGGCGUGCACAACCUCGUGGACCAUGGGGCGGCGGGCGCGGGGCCGGCGGCUCCAGCAGCAGCAACAGCGGCGGCCCGAGGACUCGGAGGAUGGAGCCGAGGGCUUCGGGAAGCGUAAUAAUACGGGCUGGGAGGGCGGGUACCCGGAGAUCGUCAAGGAGAACAAGCUCUUUGAGCACUACUAUCAGGAGCUCAAGAUUGUACCGGAGGGCGAGUGGGACCAAUUCAUGGAUGCGCUCAGGGAGCCCCUCCCGGCCACUUUAAGAAUUACUGGUUAUAAAAGCCAUGCAAAAGAAAUUUUACAUUGCUUAAAGAACAAGUAUUUCAAGGAAUUGGAGAACCUGGAGGUGGACGGUCAGAAAGUUGAAGUUCCACAACCCCUGAGCUGGUAUCCUGAAGAACUUGCCUGGCACACAAAUUUGAGCCGAAAAAUCUUGAGAAAGUCUCCACAAUUGGAAAAGUUUCACCAGUUUCUGGUUAGCGAAACGGAAUCUGGGAAUAUCAGUCGGCAAGAAGCUGUUAGUAUGAUUCCACCAUUGUUGCUUAAUGCUCAACCUCACCAUAAGAUCUUAGAUAUGUGUGCAGCACCUGGAUCAAAGACCACACAAUUAAUUGAAAUGCUGCAUGCCGACAUGAGUGUCCCUUUUCCAGAGGGAUUCGUCAUCGCGAAUGACGUGGACAACAAGCGCUGCUAUCUGCUUGUUCAUCAGGCCAAGAGGUUGAGUAGUCCCUGCAUCAUGGUGGUCAACCACGAUGCAUCCAGCAUACCGAGACUCAUGGUAGAUGUGAAUGGAAGGAAAGAGGUUCUCUUCUACGAUCGUAUCUUGUGUGAUGUCCCUUGCAGUGGAGAUGGCACUAUGAGAAAAAACAUUGAUGUUUGGAAAAAGUGGACCACCCUAAAUAGCUUGCAGCUGCAUGGCUUACAGCUGCGGAUUGCUACUCGGGGUGCUGAGCAGCUAGUGGAGGGCGGUAGGAUGGUAUAUUCUACAUGUUCACUGAAUCCCAUUGAAGAUGAAGCAGUCAUAGCAUCUUUACUGGAAAAAAGUGAAGGUGCUUUGGAGCUUGCUGAUGUGUCUUCUGAAUUGCCAGGCCUGAAGUGGAUGCCCGGACUCACACAGUGGAAGGUGAUGACGAAAGAUGGACAGUGGUUUGCAGAGUGGGACGAGGUUCCUCACAGCAGACAUACCCAGAUUCGGCCGACCAUGUUCCCACCGAAGGACCCGGAGAAGUUACAGGCAAUGCGUCUAGAGCGGUGUCUUAGAAUAUUACCACAUCAUCAAAAUACUGGAGGGUUCUUUGUGGCAGUAUUAGUGAAAAAGUCUUCAAUGCCAUGGAAUAAGCGUCCACCAAAGCUGCAGGGGGAGUCUGCAAAGCCGAGAGACCCUGUGCAGUCCAGCCCUGCAGGUCCCACGGAAGAGAAAGCUGCAAGUCCCUCAGAGCUAGAAAGGAAGCUGGUUACUGGAAUUGGUGAUGCCGAAACAAUAGAAAGGACUGAGGAUUUAGAGAAAAAUGGAAAUAAGAAAGAUGGCGUGUGUGGUCCUCCUCCAUCAAAGAAAAUGAAGUUAUUUGGAUUUAAAGAAGAUCCAUUUGUGUUUAUCCCUGAAGAUGACCCUUUAUUUCCACCUAUUCAGAAAUUUUAUGCUCUAGAUCCUUCAUUCCCAAGGAUGAAUUUAUUAACUCGAACUACAGAAGGGAAGAAAAGGCAACUCUACAUGGUUUCCAAGGAGCUGAGAAACGUGCUGCUGAACAAUAGUGAGAGGAUGAAGGUUAUUAACACUGGGAUAAAAGUCUGGUGUCGAAACAACAGCGGAGAAGAGUUUGACUGUGCAUUCCGGUUGGCACAAGAGGGAAUCUAUACAUUGUAUCCAUUUAUUAAUUCAAGAAUUAUCAGUGUAUCAUUGGAAGAUGUUAAAAUUCUACUAACCCAGGAAAAUCCAUUUUUUAGAAAACUUAGUAAUGAGACUUACAGCCAAGCCAAGGACCUGGCCAAGGGGAGCGUCGUCCUGAAGUAUGAGCCAGACCCUACGAAACCAGACACCCUGCAGUGCCCCAUUGUGUUAUGCGGGUGGCGGGGAAAGGCCUCAAUUCGAACUUUUGUGCCCAAGAACGAAAGGCUGCAUUAUCUCAGGAUGAUGGGGCUGGAGGUGCUGGCAGAAAAGCGGAAAGAGAGGACUGCCGUGACAAAUGAGAGUGAUGAGGGCGCAGCCAGCUCUGGGCCGCCGGAAGACGAGGUGAAUGCUGACCAGGGAGCAGAACGGGCUGCCAGUCCAGAUGCUGCCAGCACAGGCAGUGACUCGGCCGGGGCCCCUCUGCCCGGCAAGGAGACCCAGGCAGACUCCGGGGUAGACACCUUGGUAUCUACAGCCGAAUCCAGAACUGACCUGUAAGGUACAUGUUUUUAAAGACUGGCCACUGACGGAUGAUAGGAGCAUCUACGAAUGAUUUCUGUGCUGCUUUCAUAUGAGCUUAUGAAAAGUAUUUUUUCAGCUUGUUAGAAGUCUCUCAUUUUACUUUGCUCUCUGGCAAAGCUGGGUCCAGUGUGACUGUUGCAGGUAGUAGACUUUCACAGUUAAAGUCUUCACUUCGAUCAGGAAAUACAACUGCCCUUGCAGGAGUUUCCACGCCCCUUUUGUUGUGCCUGUAUUGUUCUUAAAGUCCACCGUUUCUCUUAAUUAUUUAUAGAAAGAGUCUUUAUCUCCUGAUGAGAUAUUGGAAAACUGUACCCUGAGCUUUAAUAAUUGUAUUAAGUUGCACAAUAGCAGUGCGGCAUUAAUAUGCAGAAGAGUAAGUAUCUGAGGUCUCAGAUGAUUUCUGUGCCUUUGUAAUAAAGGGUAAAAUAAAUUUUUUCAGAGUAAAAGCUAUACCAUGAAUUGUGAUACUCAUUAUGAGGGUAUUAUGUGCUUUUAGUGAACGGAAUGCUUUGCAAUUUUAAUUUUAAAUGGUGUUUGGGAUUCCUGAAACAUUCAAAU